CCACUUAUUCUCGAAAACAAACAGUAUUUCGCUAGGUAAAGUUGACGGGCAAAACUCUGGUUCUCUUCCCGCGCUCGCCGACCAAUGUUCCUUCCUCCCUGCUCGCUCUAGCCCUCAACCAGGCACUCUCUCUCAGUUCCUCUCCCCCUCUGCUCUCUCUCUGCAUCUCUCCUAAUUUGUUCUCUCUCUCGUCUUCCUCGCAUCUGCUUAUGCAAGAUGAAGGUAUAUACACAGUUCCGUUCUAAUCCUUCAUUUUCCUUCUCUCAGUGAUUCAAUUUUGAUACAAACACAGGACUCUCUCUCUCUCUUGUGUCUCGAAUUUUGCUGAUUUUUUACCUUGUUCCCUUUGCUGAUAAAUUGCUUGACCCGAUUCCAAGCAAAUAUUUUGCAAUGUUACCUCUCUCUAGGACUGAUUGUUGUUUAGAAAUGAGGGGUAUUUUGAGGAGAAGAAUGAAGCCAGGCCUUUAUUCCAUCUGCUGAUGAAUUGCUUGACCCAAUUCCAAGCAAAUCUUUUGCAGCGUGGCCUCUUCUCUCUCUGGGAUUGAUUCUUGUUUUGUUGCCCCAAGAAGUGUGGGGCACUUUGAGGAGAAGAUUGAGGUCUCGUCAGAACGCUGAUUGGUUUUUUCACGGGGUUAAUAGACGACGAAGCAAACUGCAGGAACUCUGGCUUAGAAUCCUCACGGCUUGAAUGGGGUGCACUGGUACGGGCAGGAGAAGUUAAAAAGUGAAGGCUCUGGUAUUAGAGAGAGACACAAAGAUCACAUGGACCCAAUGGCUUCUUCUGCAGAACAAGAGGUGAUGCUUCUUCCUCGAUCCGCAAGAAAAACUCGAGGCAGAAGGAUGUCCAAGUUACUUGAUGAGGAAAUAGAGGAGGAUGAGCUGUUUUGGAAUCAAGAUGCUUUAAAAGAGGAAGAACUUGAUGCUGAAUAUGAAGAAGAAGCAGAGGUGGCUGAUGAGUUUGAUAGUGAUUUCGAUGAAGAUGAACCCGAGCCUGAUGAUGAGGAGGCCAAAAAUGAUGGUGAUGAAAGGGAGAGGGUUAAGAAAAAGUUGAUAUUUCCUGGAAAGAAAGCAGUAAAGAAAAAAAGCAAAAAGAAGGUUUUAGCGGCUAUCCCAAAGGCUGAAAACUCUUCUGAGACACCAGAACCUAUGCAACUUGAACAUCAGGACAUCCCUGAUGAUUUAGAGGGUGAAAGAGCAGUGAGAAAGUCUACUAGAACUUCAGUCAUUGUUAGACAGGCAGAGAGAGAUGCAAUAAAGGCAGCCUUACAAGCAACCAUGAGGCCAGUGAAAAGAAAAAAGGAGGGAGAGGAGAAGCGAAUGACUCAAGAGGAGAUGCUUCUAGAAGCAGCCCAAACAGAAAUUGUGAAUUUGAGGAAUUUGGAGCGGGUUUUAGCGAGAGAAGAAGAAGUUAAGAAAAGAGCAGUUGUUCAUAAAGCAGUUUAUAAUGGUCCCCAAAUACGAUUUCUAUCAAGAAAUGGUAAAACAUUUUUAGAGUUUAACAACGGUGCAACGUUUGAAUCAGCAAUAGCUACAACACCUGCCUCAUAUGCUGAACCAGCUGUCUGUGCAAUUACGUCAAUGCCAGCUAAGUAUCGUGACCCAAAGACUGGAUUACUUUAUGCAACAAAGGAAGCCUUCAAAAUCAUUCGAGAACGGUUUUAUAAAGAGGUGAGUGAGAGAGAAAAGGAAAGACCAGACAUGGGCUCCUUGUUUGCUCUGAUUUCAGGGGAGGGCUUUUCAAUGAAGCGAAAAAGGUCCUGUAUGGAAAAUCGAAACCAACACCUAGAUUAUAGAAGGCAAUAUAUUUUCUGAACCAUAUGAGCUCGAAUGGUCCUUGAUCUAGAUAAAAAUAUCAAGUAUAUUAAAAAUAGAUCAUUAGUUAUUUCGACGUUCCUGAGUUAGGUAGUGAAUAUGAUUUUGUCGCUGUAAAAUAUCCCAAGUCCUGUUUAUUCCAUGCUUCUUCUGGGUUCCACUCCUUUUUGUUUUUUUCUUGGUUUGUUGCAGUGAUAAUUUAUUGUUGUAAAAUAUUCCAUUAGUCCAGUUGAUUCCAGUAAUACUUUUUGGUUUUCCUUCCUCCUUUGUUUUUAGUUCACUGGAGAGAUGAAAAGGAAGCCAGAAUUAUUUGCAGAUUGAGAUUGGUAUUCAAUUC